CUAUCCUGGAGGUGGAAUGAAGUGACACAGAACGGUGUGAUGGACUUUAUAGAGUGCUCUUCAGCUCAGGUUGACAUAAUACUGGACACCAUAGUCUACACAAUGUAUGAUUCCAUCUGCCGUGUAUCUAACUGCUUAGAUAAGAUAUCAUCCAUACGUUUGUCAGGUGGUUGGAAUGACGAUACAUUUUGGAGUUUAUGUCGCUUAUUUCAACAAUAUGAAGCCAAGAAAGGAGACAGCAGCCUCCCGCACCUCAUCUCUUUGUUUGCUCCUUUUCCAAACGAUGUGAUCUCGACAGAGUUGGACUGGAUUGAUGAAAUUGACUUCAGAUUUAUGAGGCGAUGUCUGAAGAAUGAGGUUGCAGCUCCACAGCACAAAGAGGCUUUACAAAGUCUUCAUGAACUCAUAAUCCUCAGUCUUGAGGAGGCUGUAAGGAAGGACAAGAACAACAACAUUUAUGUUUGGAAGUACUGGCUGGAAUGUAGAAGCCAGGAGAACAUCAAUGAACUAUUCAGUCGAACAGACAAAAAAAUCUAUGUGAGCACAAACUGGUAUAAGAAGACACUGGACAGAGUGAGCAGCUUUAUAAAAAGAUCCUCUGUGAAGGUUAACAUAAUAUUGGGAUGCAAUGAAAUAACUGGACGUUUUAUUGACUACUUGUCAGAAUGUGUGGAUAAGAUAUCUUCUAUAAGUUUACUAGAUGGCUUCAAUGAUUAUUCAUUUUGGUGGAUGUGUCGUUUGUUUAAAGACUACAAAGGCGUGAAUGGAGACAACAGCCUUCCACAGCUCAUCUCUUUAUUUGCACCAUUUCCGAACAAGGUGCCUCUCCCAGACAUUGAUAAUGAAGAGUAUUCAUUUUACUUCAGUUUCCUGAGUCAAUGUCACCCAGACAAAGUUGCAGCUCCACAGUACAAAGAGGCUUUACAAAGUCUUGAGCAACUCAUAACCAGAAGUCUUGUGGAAGCUGAAAGGAAGGGUUUCCAAAGUCAGGCUUGCUGUUACAAAUAUCUCAUGGACUGUGGAAACCAGUGGAACUUCAAUGAAUAUUUGAGGCUCACGAACAAUGAGGUCCACGUGAACCCAAUCUGGUCAGAGGAGACACUGAAGACAAUGAGUGACUUUAUUAAACAAUCGUCAAGUAAAGUCAACAUGAUACUGGCCUACGAUGGUUACUGUGAGAUACGUGAAAGAUGUGUUCACUUCUUGUCAGACUGUGUGGGUUGGACAUCCUCUAUACGUUUUUCUACAGGAUUUAAUGAGAAAUCAUUCAUAACCAUGAUGGAGUUGUGUCAAACGUAUGAUGGAAUUACAGGAGACAGCAAUCUGUAUAAGUUUGUAGGACUCUUUGGACCCUUUCCAAAUAAAGUGGACUUCAAAGACACAUCUAGGAUUAGUCAGGUGGACUUCAGUUUUUUACAGAAGUAUCUUAAUAAGGAUGUAACACAAUGGCUCACACACAGUGACAGUUUGUCAGCCCUGGAUCAGUUCAUUAUCAGAACCCUCUUCAACAUUUCAAGGCAUGACAGGACGUGUUACAGUGACAUCCGUCAAUACAUUCAACAGAGCAGAAAUGUAAGACUUUCAGAUAAGGAAGUCUUUGUAUCCUGCAGGUGGAAUAAAGAGAUACUGAACAGUGUGAUGGACUUCGUAGAGUGCUCUUCAACUCAGGUUGACAUGAUGGUGGACUCCAUAAACUAUGGAAAGCAUAACUUCAUCAGCCAUGUAUCUGACUGCUUAGAUAAAAUAUCCUCCAUCCGUUUUCUAGAAGGCUUCGAUGAAUUUACAUUUUGGUGGAUGUGUAAUUUGUUUAAUGAGUGCAAAAGAGUGAAAGGAGACAACAGCCUUCCACACCUCAUCUCUUUAUUUGCACCCUUUCCAAACAUGGUGCCUCUCAUAGAAUGUGAUGAAGAUGACUUCAUUGACGUCACUUUCCUGAGUCAAAGUCAGCAGAACAAAGUUGCCAUUCCAGAGCACAGAGAGGCUUUCCAAGAUCUUCGGCGAUGUGUACUCAGCAGUCUUUUGGCAGCUGUAAGAGUGGGACAGAUAAGUGACACUUGGUAUUAUCAAUGUGUUGUGGACUGUGGGGACCUAAAUGACUUUAAUGAAUAUUUGAGACUCUCAGACAAUGAAGUCCAUGUUGACUCAAACUGGAGAGAAGAGACACUGAAGACAAUGAGCUGCUUCAUAAAAAGUUCCUCAAGUAAAGCUGACAUCAUAGUGGAUGACAUUGAUGAUUACUGUGACAUAAAUGAAGGAUUUGUUCACUUCUUGUCAGACUGUCUGGAUUGGAUAUCUUCUAUACGCUGCAAUGAGGACGUCCUGUUGACCUGCUCUAAACUCCUUUACACUGGAGGCCAACGUCUGGCAAAUCUCUUUCUAAAAAAGUUGGGUCAUACGAUUGAAAUAAAAAAGAGUCGUUUGAAGAACAGCUCCUGUAAAUAUCUGGGGAAAUUAAUGUCUCAUUGUAGACGAGAUCUGAGUCUGACGCUGACUACUAAAGCCAUAACUCUGAGAGGACUACAGCUGUUGUGCAAAUCAUGGCGACAUCUUAAAACACUGAGAAUAAAUGAAGUCACAACUAAACUUAUUUCAAAGUUAAUAAGGACAAAAAGAAAAGAAGAAUCUAUCACAGUAGAAGAGAUGGUCAUCCUCAGGGGUCGUCAGAGGUCCACAAUUCAAAGACCACAUCUUAUUAGUUAUCUGUCCAUAAUCCUGAGGCACUGGAACGUCAACCAAUUGGACCUCAGUGACUGUGAUCUGGAUGGACAAUUUGUGACAAACCUUCUGAGUCUCCAAGACCACAUCAGUCUCAGGUUGUCUAAGAAAACUCUCCAGGGCUUGGUCUUUAUAAUUUAUGAAAUACAAGAUGUCCACCUUCUGAAGUCCUUCCUCAAGAAAGUUGGCUAUGACCUGAGAUCCUGUAAGCUCAACUGGAAUGUUCUUCACUUUCUGCUGAGUCACUCAGAUGAAAGAAUUAAAACCGACCUUAGAAGAAGUGACCUUCAGGAACGCGACCUCUUGGAACUCCUGCCAUGGCUUCACAGGGUCCAUCCUUCAAGGAUGAAUGGAAGGCUUUCUAAAAUGUUACUGAAGGUCAUCAUUGAUUCCGGCUCAGUGGAGCUCAUAGACUUGUGGUUACAACUCUCAGACCAUCGUGUUAAUUUUAAUAACACGGAGUUGGGUUCGAGUCACUGUGAUGCUCUCCGUCUCUUCACUGAACGCUCAUGUCGUGUACGACUCAGCCUGUUAUGGACGUCCUUCACGGAUGAGACGGCAGAGCAGUUACUUUCUAUGAUGGGCCGAGUGUCUGAACUGAGUUUGGACAGAAAUACUUUGCUCAAGUUUCUUCAUAAACUCAUAGAAGUGAAUCAACCGGAAACUGCACAACACUUUACCAAAGCACUGCGUUGCACCCUGGACUUUUCUUCUUCAUCUAAGAUAGACAUUUCAAGUGACGACACUUCACACCUCCUUAAGCUGAGCUUCACUGAUUGUCAGGUCAUCUCAAAAUCAGUGGGAUUGUUGAAAGAUAAAAUUGAACUUAACAUCAACGAUUGUGAGAUAGAAGAUGGCAGACUGGAAGUCCUGUUUGACAUCUUUGACAAAGUUCACCUGAGAACAAGUAAGGAGCUUCUGCUGAGGUUUAUUUCGAUGACAGAUGAGAACAACACAAGCAGGAUCAUCUCGCUUGGCAGAGCCAUUGGCAGUACCAUUGAUCUGAGUGGCACCAGUCUGUCAGCAGACACCUGCAGAUCGCUGGCCAUUGUGAUCAACUACAUUGAAGAGGACUGUGAGGUGGACUUGAGCAAAUGCAGCCUUUCUACUGAGUGCAUCGAGCGACUGUCUGCAUGUCUACACAAAAUACAAGACUUGGA